AUGAAUUAAAAUUAGUAAGACACUGAAGAGCCAAGUUCAAAAUUGAAUUAGCUAAUGUUGACUGAUGAACCUAUAGGUGAAAUUUAGGAUUUUCUCAAUUAUUCUCUAUCAGAAGGCAACUUCUCGAUCCAAGGUUCAAAAAUCAAUGGCAAUAACAAUUAGAAGAAUCACAGUUCUACCCAAAAAGCACACGAAGGCAAAAGAGUUUAGUUUGAUUCAACACCCAAUAGUCCCUCUGCCCAUUUCCUAGUGAAUAAAUAGAGCAUUCGACUUUCUGAGCCUCCUCAACAUUUGCAUCAAUAAUAGCAAAUAUACAGUGUCAUUUAAUUCUGCUUCAUCAAGAGGUUCAUUAAUCGAAUAAGUUGGAAAAAGAAAAUAAACGCCUAAUUUAACUUCUAUCAAUACAACAUACUCAAGGAUUUGGGCUCGUCCUUCAACCAAAAACUAUUUCGAGAUAGUGCCCUUAACCUUAAACCCAUGAUCAGUCAAUUCAGCAACUCCAAUGACAAUUUCAAUUAGAGUCUCAAAAAGAAGGAAUUCACAAAAAAAUUAUCAAGGCAUUAUUCCAAUUUAAAAACUUGCACCAAUAAUUUAUACAAAAAGAUAGAAUCAGAAUUAGAAAAAAUACCCUUGAUCUCUCCAGAAUCUCGAUUAAAGAUAGUUUGGGAUUGUGUGGUCAUGAUAAGUAGACUAUAUUUCCUAUUUACAAUCCCAUUGGAUCUAGCUUGGAAUCAAUAGUAAAUCAUAUAUGGCCAGUUAUAUGCACCUACUAUUUUUAUGAUAAUGCUACUACUUAUAGAUUUCAUUCUAAGUUUUAAUAAUUCCUUUUACCAAUUUGGAUAAAUUGUUAGCAACAGAGUCACUAUAGCCAAAAAUGUAAUCAGCAAGAGUUACGGCUUAGAAGCCAUUUCUAUACUGAUUUUGGUCAUAUACGCCAUAAUUUUUAAUUCAUCCAAUUAAGGAUUCAAUCUGAUGGACGAUUGGAAUAUUCCUAAAUUAAUUAGUCAAGUUGAGGAGACUUUAAAUUUAUCAAAGCCUAGUAGUUCAUUAUUAGAGUUGUUUAAAUUACUAUUGGUUUUAUUCUUUGUUCUACAUUGCUAUUCAUGUCUUUGGUACUUUGUUGGUUAUUAUAGUUAGUUGUACCAAGAGAAAGGAAGCUGGCUAGAAUUUUAUCAUAUCGAGAAUGAGACUUGGCAAGUCUAAUAUCUAUAUUCCUUCUAUUUCUCUACGGUAACUAUGUUUACUAUUGGUUAUGGAGAUGUCGUACCUAUUAGUUAUUUAGAAAGGAUUGUUGCUAUUCUCUACAUGAUGAUUUGUAGUAUUCAAUUAAGUUACAGUGUCAGUACUGUUGGAGCAAUCAUUGAUACAAUAUCAGCCUAUGGAUAGGAAAAGAUGCGCAAAAUGAGGAAGAUAAAUUCUUAUAUGUAGAAUAGAAAAAUUGAAUAUGAAUUACAAUAUUAAAUUAGAGAAUAUCUGAAUUAUUAUUGGGAAUCAUAAAAUCAGGUAGAAAAUGAUGAAUUAAAUGAGAUAAUUAAUUAAUUAUCAGAAAAUCUAAGAGAGAAACUAAUGAACUAAUCAAAUUCAAUGAUUUUAAAUGAAUGUCCUUUAUUUAAAAAUAAUUUCAGUGAUGCCUUAAAAUCUAAAUUAGUUCAUAAAAUUAAGCCUGCAGUGAUUUAACCAGAGAACAUUAUCAAUUUUGAUUCUAUAUUCCCUUCAGCACCUGCUGGCUAAUUAUAUGUCUGUUUUGUUGAAUUUGGAGACAUUUAAAUCUUUAUUUAGAAUGAUUAAAUUGACUAAAUCUUAGAAAAUCCAUAAAUUGCUGAGGUUAGUAAAGUAGGUUAAGGUUCAAGUCUGGGUAUUGUCAGUUUUAUCAGUGGGAAAUAAUCAUAGGAAAGAUUUAGAAGUAUAGGAUUUUCAAAACUAUUGAUGUUAUCCCGAGAUGACUUUUUAAAAGUAAUCUAAGAUUUCCCAGAAGAUUAUGAAAGAUUUAGAAAUCUAUACGACAGUAUUUAAUUUGAUGAUGUGAGUGCACUACAUAUGAAAUGUUUCAGUUGCAAUUCAAGUUAUCAUAGAGUCCUUUAAUGUCCUUUAUUACAUUACAUUCCAGAUAGAGAAUUGAUAAUCAAAAGACAUUAAUAUAGUUAAAAUUAAACAAGAAAUCAACAUUUUUUGAGAAAUCCAUUUAGACAAAGAGGGUACUUUGCUGCUAGAUUUGAUUAAGAAGUGAUAGAAUAAGAAGCAUCUUCAUUUAAUAAUAACAAUUGGAAAUGGGCAGAAUUUUAUGAGGAACCUGAGGAUGAAAUAUUAAAAAAAAGUGAUGUUUAAGUAAAUUAAGUUAGUUUAGAUUAAAGUAGUUCUAAUCUACAAAUUUUAAACUAACCAUAAUUCCAAUAGAUAUCCAAUUCUACUUCCUUUCUUUCGGUUAAUGAUACGUCUCCAAAAUUAAAUUUAGAACCUCCAAUUACUAAAAAGAAAGCAACUCUAUUCAAGUAGAGAACAAAAACUAUUGAGUUAAUGGAUUUAGAUGAUAAGACUUUGAAAGCUUCAUUAAUGAGUAAGGCUAGGAAUUAGAAUAUAUUUAACAAUAAUCUGAUGAUUAUUUAAGAAGAGGAUUAAUUUGAAAAUUCUCCAAAUAGCAAAUUCAAAAAGAUGAGACCUUCCGUUACUAUUGAAUUAAAUCCUCUUAGAGUUAAGUCAAACAUUUAAAAGAUGAAAAGAGUCGUUAAAGUAAUCACAAAUAUGAAUAGAAUAAAAAAAAGGUAAAAACUUAAAAAAGAAACCAAAUAAAUUGUCAAUUCGUUUUUAGAGAUCAUUUAAGCUUAGAACUUCAUGAAAGGACUAUUAUCUAAAGUGGCAAUUCGAUUAAAAUAGAUACAAGAUGGCAAAAAAUAAAUCUUAUCGGAAAAGGAUAUUUCUGAUACCAUGCUCUUAGAAAUAAAAAUAAAAAUGUAGAUAAACCUAUUGAAUGAGUACUAAAAGAAAGAUUAAUAAUUAGUAAUGGAAUCCUAUAAAAAGUUUAAGCAUUACUAAGUUGAAAAUAACUUGGAUUCAAUAUUAGAAAGAAUGUAUUUUUAUUAACAGUAGCAUCUACUGAAUAAUAAAAACAAAGAUUAUUAGUCGUAGUUGUUAAAAUAUAUGAUUUAUCCUGAAAUAUUCUUUGAAAAAUACAGGUAUCAACAGAUCAUCAUACCAAAGUUUAAUAUGUCGGAAUCUAGAAGGGACUCUGCAGCUGAGUCUGAGCAUACUUUAAGGAGAAGUAAAAUCCUUAAGAAAAGCUUCAGAAAUGUUAAAUCAACUUAAGUGAGACCUGUAUCAGAAGGAACAGGCAAAUUACAUAUUUGA